GUUCCAAAGUCGGCAGCAUCCAGGAGGUGAACGUGAGCCCCUGCCCAACGCAGCCCUGCCUGCUUCACAAGGGGACGACCUACAGCAUCAACGUCACCUUCGCCAGCAAGACAGAGAGCCAGGGCAGCCAAGCAAAGGUGUACGGCGAGAUGCUGCGUGUGGACGUACCCUUUCCCAUUCCUGAGCCUGAUGGAUGCAAGUCUGGGAUCCAGUGCCCCAUUCAGAAUGGCCGUUCCUACAGCUACCUGAACAAACUCCCCGUGAAGAGCGAGUACCCCAGUAUUAAACUGAUUGUGAAGUGGGAACUGGUGGAUGACCAGGACCAGAUGUUAUUCUGCUGGAAGAUACCAGUGCAGAUCACCAGCUGA